AUGGGUGAUAUACGAGUGUUGGAUCCGCGAAUGGAUCCUCGUUUAGACAUGAAGCAGCCACGACCUUGGCCACCGAUGUACCGCAGCCACCCGGCGAGGGGACCCUCGUUCUGUUAUCGGCCAAUGCCACUUGAGGCCAUGGCCCAGUGGAUGGCGCCUCACAUGCCGGACUAUAACUACGUCCCGGCGCGAAUGAGCGCCAACUCGAAUAAAGGGCGCGAUUACUAUUACUUGGCGCCGUUGUACAGAAACGCUAUGCCACCACCGCAGGCUAUGUCGCCGCUUCAGGUGCCCCCCGUGGCUGUCUCACCGAGGAUGAUGAUAAUGGAACCGAGAAGUAGGACAAAAAGCUCCGGUGGACAUUGUAGGAGCAGCGCGCCUCCGUGUACUUGUUCCAUGGGCAGGACCAGAUCCUUGGAGGACGUCAGGAGCGAGAUAAGCGAAUGGGAGGAUUUUCACGACGAGAAUGGAAAUCAUUUGCAGGGGAAGAGCUCGAAGAACGGUGUAUCUAGACAGACGAGGAGGUCCAUGGAGAAUCUUUUGGAUGUUGAGACUGCUGAACAGCAUGAACUAAAUACCUUCGAAAGGGUUGGAAGGAAUUGCAGAAAAGUGGAGGAUAGGAGGAAUGAGAAACCUGGAAGAAGACGUGGCAGCUACAUGGUUUGUCGUCUUCUCUACAUUCUUUUGUAA